AUGACAUGGACAUGUGACAAGUGCGAGUACUCGAAAAAUGAAGACAAUACCCCAGCGUGCGUCGCGUGCACGUCGCUGUCUUCCUUGAGAUCAACGUCGACGUCGAUCAUGUCGCGCGCUAGCUCCAUCGUGGCCACAAGCCACCCGGAAAACGAUGUCGCGACCGUGAUCGUGAUUGAAUUGCCCGCGAAACAGAAACUCGGUGUCAAGCUGAUGCCGCCCAAGAAUGGUGUGAUCUGCAAAGGUCUGAGUAUUGACAAUAUCGACAACCCCGUAUUGGACGGCAGGGUUGCGCCGGGCGACUUGAUAGUCGCCAUUGGCGGGGAGUCGGUUGACAACCUCGGGUUUGGUGAUGCCAUCGAAUUGAUCCGCAAGAUGCCGCGCCCAUUAGCAAUCUCGUUUGAGAUUGUGCAGUCUCGUCGCGACAAAGUACGACGAAAGAAACAGCGCGAAGAAAUGGAGUCCCUGGCAAUGGGUGGAGACGGUGGGGCAGAGCUCCCGACAUACGCCGUGGUGUUUGAAGAAGGGCCGAUGGGUCUGAACUUGGAGGACGCGACUCGUUUCGGCAUCGAUGGUGCCGUCGUCAAGGCCGUGAAAGGCCAAGCCCAAGUCAACGGGAUGAUUUCGAUCGGAGACAUUGUGUGCAACGUGAACGAGACGGACGUUCUGUGCAUGAGUUACACUGACGUGAUGCAGAUCAUUCGAGACAGCAAAGUUCCUCGCACUGUCCAGUUCAUCCCAAAAGAUCAUUUGGCGGACGUCCAACGGCUCAACUCGAGGCACUCGGAGCCGAGCAUCAAGGGGGUAUCGCCAGCGUCCACAUUUCCGCUGAGGGAUGGAGGUGCCAAACCGUUGGUCUCCAAGUAUGAAACGAGUGCGCGCAUUGUCAAGGACGUCGAAGAUGAGUCCAAGUCGAUUCAAGACAUCAUCCGCGACAACAAAAAUGCGACGAUCAAAAAAGGAACCAUGUUCAAGCAAUCGCGCAUUGUCAAGCAAUGGAAAGCGCGCUACUUCGUCUUGUCCGUGUCCAAGUUGGAGUUCUUCAAGAGCCCGAGCUCGACAUCGUCUCGCGGCGAGCUCGAGUUUCUCCACCAUCGCUGCACCGUGCGCGACAUGCCAGGUGUCCCUGAUAUGAUCAGCAAGUCACCGGCAGUCCCGGGCACGUAUCUCCUGGAAGUCCAAGCCGACGAAAAGAAGCUCAUCAUGGCAUGUACUUCGGAGACCGAGAAGAAAGCGUGGAUGGACGCCCUCAAAUUGGCAAUCGAUGCGUCCAGGACGAUCUUUGCGCCACGAUCGGCCUUCACAAGUGGCGACGGCAGCAGUCGGUUGUCCCAAUUCGACUACGACUCGUUCCCGACGCCAGUGCUGCACGUCACCGUUGUGUCAGCGACCAACCUGGCCAAAGCAGGAAGCACGGUUAAUGCCAUGUGCGAGGUGACUCUAAAUGCCGAAACUUUCAAAACAACGGUGAUCAAGAACCAGCGGUCGCCGGAGUGGAAACAGGACAACACUGUCACGUUUGAAGCAAACAAAGACGACAGUGUGCUCGAAGUUCGUGUAUAUGAUGAGCAUGGUCUGUUCCGGUCGUCCGAACUCCUGUCGACGCUGACCGUGCCGCUCAAGUCCCUCCCUAACAUGCAAAAGAUUCAAAAGGAGUUUCCCCUUGUACUGGGCAAUCGCGCGGCCGGCGCAGUUCUGUCCCUGUCGUUCGAGUAUGUGAACAAAGCGAAGGAGUUCCGAGAACGACAUCGGUCGUCGAGCCGUGGAGCUCUCAUGGGUGGUGACAACGAAAUCGGAAAACUCAAAGCAGAAUCCCAGCAAGCGGCCGACGACGCAGUCCAGCAAGCCCGGGAAGCAGAUGAAGAGGCAAAGCUGCUACUGGCAGAAGCAAAUGCCAAGGCCGAGAAGGCCGAACAUGCCGCCCGGGCUGCACGCGAAGAAGGUCGCGCCGCAGUUGAAGCGGCCUUACAAGAAGCCGAGGAGGCCAAGAAGUUUGCCGAGCGUCAAGGCGAAGAAGCCAAGCGAAAGCUAGAGGAAGCAAAGGCGUUGAUCGCCGCCAACGAACGUAUCCAAGAAAAGACCAAGAGCUUGCCCAACGUGCAAUACUCGGAGGCGUUUUUGCAAUACCGCAAGAUGCUGCUGGAGGGGACAUAUCGUGAAGACGACGUGCGCAAGCAAAUGAAGGGUGACGGCAUCGGGGAUGUCUUGAUUGAUGCGUUCUUCGCCGAUUUGCAAGCAUCCGAUUUGAAGAUCAAGGAGCUGCAAGCCGAGGUCGAGAAGCUCAAGAGCGUUCGCAAGCAAAACAGUAACACGGGGGGUCGGUCCCAACAACAUGCCGUUCCGGAGAACCUGUCGAACGACCAGGCGAUGCUGCUGCGUCGGCUUCUGAUUGUAGAGCGACAGCUCCAAAAGGCUGGGAUUGCGAUUGCAGAGGAUAUUCCGUACGAAGAAGCCAAGGCCAAAGUGGACACGAUUGCCAGGCGUAUGGGGGAGAUCGGGUCCGCGGACGUGACACAUCCGGACCCGGCCGUGCAAAAGCAACUGCGUGAUGAGUACUUCAAACUCGAACAAGACAUGGAGAAGUACAAUACAGCUCUGAUGUUGACCGACGAAUUCGCCGCUGAAGAAGAACGCAAAGAGCGCGAAUGGGAAGAAGAAAACUACGAAGAAAAUGUCGCCGCGCUCAAGGCCAUUCGCCGCAUGAUGCCUGUGGAUGUGGCGUCGCGUACCGAAGCAAUUCUACAGUCUGAACCUGGCCCGAGUGGGUUGAAAAUGCCCCGAGACGUCGCGCUCAAGUUCAAACGUACGAAUGUGCUCCAGAUCCUCCGCAUCAACCCGCAAGAUCUGGCGCGGUCGCAUCCGUCCGUGUUGGAGAACUUGCGCGUCACGGGGCUCAGUGUGACGGAGCGCCGCGCUCUGCACUUGCAUCUCAAGGACAUUGCGCUGCAGUGGGAAAGUCAAAAGGGCGAAGAAAUGGCGAACCGUCGACUGCAGUUUUUCAAGAUGCUCAAGGACACGUUCAAGACGGUUGUGGCAUCGUACAAUCGGCACGUGGCGCAGUAUGGUCCCAAGGGCCAGCAUCCGUACCUGACCCGGGGCGACGAAUCCGGUGUUGGGUGUCCGUUGAUCGGCAAGCAGUGCCCACUCAAGGCCGACGCCGCGCCCGCGUACGAGCUCGACCUCGGGUACCCCGAAGGCGAUGUCUAUGUCGAGUCCAAAGUACAGAAACCCCAAACGGAAGAUGCCGGCGCGCUCGCGUUGGCCGAAGCGAAGCGGUUGGUCGCAGAGAAAACUGCCAAUGCUCGCGCCGAUACGCUCAAGAAACAUUAUAAAAACAUCAAACUCGUCGCUGAAGCGAACGGCGCGUGCGAACGACUCGACGCGGAAAUGGACAAGAUCGAAGCGGAGCAAGGGCGGUGGUUUAAGCGACGAUAUACCCACGACGUGCAAGGGACGGCCAACGCCACCACGGUCAAGGUCGAGCUGGCCGACUUUUUGAACGUUGUCAACGAGCUCCGCUUGGCGACCACAAUGUUUUGCGACCGGUCUGGGAUGAACUUGACGGGGAAGCGCGACCCUGCCAACGACAAGCCGGACACGCGCAGUGUUGUUGAGUGCAGUCUUGCGAUUCUGUUCUGCGAUUCCCUGGUCGACUGCUUUGCAGGGAUCAUCCAUCGACUCGAGCGCCUCAAGAUCCAAGAAAAGCGACUGCAAAGCACAAUCCCGGCGGUCGAAUCGUUGGUAAUGGAGCUGCGACAGCGAAGUGUCGCUACGAUGGCGACAUUUCCGCCACAGAAGACUCCCAUGCGCAAACUGAAGCUACGCGCGGACAUUGAAAAGGAAGUGAAAGAUCAAGUGAACGCUGAAGCUGGUGGAGGGGCCGCCGCAGCACCGGCGCCAGCAGAUGCCGUCCCAGUCCGUCCCCCGAAUCCCAUGCUCGCUAGCAUUCGAGGAGGCCGAACUGGGCGCGGUCGGGGUGGUCGCGGCGCUCCUGCCGGUGACGACGAAGGCGCGCCCCCAGCCCGGCCCGAUUUCUUGGCGAGCAUUCGUGGCCGUGGGGGCAGGGGCGGAGUUCCGCCUGCCGGAGACGACGAUGGCCCACCCUCUGGUGGCCGUGGUGAUUUCCUUUCUGCGAUUCGCGGACGCGGCCGUGGCCCCCCAGGUGGCGGCGACUUAUUAGCAUCCAUUCGAGGGCGUGGUAGGGGCGGCAGAGGCGACUUAUUUGCUGCCAUCACAAGUCGGAAACAAGCAGAAUAG